UUGGAGCCCCGCCCCCUGCGGCAGAGCGUGUUUGUUUUUCCAGGCCAGGCGUCAGUGGUGGUUUUAUCAGUUGGUGUGUGUGUGUGAGAGGUGCAGCGAGGUGUGCUCAGCCCUACGGCUGCAGGGUUUAUCGGUGAACCGAUGGUUACCGGCUGUUAAUCAGAUGAAGAGCUGACAGGUGGAAGACAUGCUGUCUGCAGGCCGGACACACUUUCCUUCAUCUCACCACAAAGACUCAAUGCAGUCCAGGUCCAGAGGGGCCUGCUCCGGAGACCUGAGGAGCUCCCUGGGUCCGCUUCACCUGAGGACAUGAGGCUCCCCGUUCGCCUGGCUUCACACAGGUGUGUGUGGGUGGUGGUGGUGCUGGUCGUGAUCCUGGGUCUGAGGAUGGUCUCCCUGCCGCGGAUGGAGGCGGAGCCGAGCAAGCCGGCGAAGCCGACCGUGGACCCGGCCUAUAAGAAGCUCGUCCAGGAUCACGUGCGCGGCGUCCUGGACGGCGAGUGUCGCCCCGGCAGCUCCAGGCGGGCCCUGCUGUCUCGACUCCCGGCCUCCAGUCGGGACACCCGGCCCUUCCUGUGGAGGGACAGCGAGCUCCCAGAGGACCUCCUGCAGGACCCGCCCCCGUUUGGCUUCAGAGGCCUGCAGGCCAAAGCCCAGAGCCUGCUGCAGCUGAUGCCGGCCUCGGACUCGGCCCAGCAGGCGCCGGACCGGUGCCGGCGCUGCGUGGUGGUGGGGAACGGAGGCAUCCUGCGGGGCUUGGAGCUGGGCUCGCUGCUGGACCGCUUCGACACCGUCAUCAGGUUGAACAGCGCCCCUCUGGGGGAGUUCAGCGUGGACGUCGGGAAUCGAACCAGCUACCGGAUGAGCUACCCGGAGAGCACGCCGCUGCACUGGUUGGACCCCGACCCCCAGUGCCUGUUCUUGGCCGUGGUGUAUAAGAGCGAGGACAUCAGCUGGAUCUGCGCCAUGGCCCGCGGGCUGCCGGUGCCUCUGUGGGACUGGCUCUUCUUCUGGAAGGAGGUUCCGGAUCGCAUCCCCCUCCAGCCGUCCAGAUUCAGGCUCCUGAACCCGCGGGUGAUCCGGGAGGUGGCGGUGGACCUGCUGGAGUACCCCCCGCCCCGGCCGCUGCUGUGGGGCUGGGACCAGAACGUGCCCACGCUGGGCGUCUCCGCCCUGAACCUGGCCAGCCUGCUGUGCGACCAGGUGAGCCUGGCGGGCUUCGGCUACAGCCCCGCCCAGCAGGGGGCGGGGCUGCACUACUACGACCAGCUGCCCAUGAGCUUCAUGCUGACGCAGACCAUGCACAACGUGGACCGCGAGACUGAGCUGCUGCGCCGCCUGGUGAGGGACGGCACCUUCACCGACCUGACGGGGGGCGUGCACUGCUCCUUCUGCCCCAGCUGACCCCAGCCCUGACCCCCGCCCCCCGCCGGGGCGUCCGACCGCCACACACUCGCCUCCCGCGAACGAGGAGGAGGAGGAGGAGGAGUGAAGAAGAGAGGACUGAGCCGCUUGCUGCUCCUCACCUUCACUCUCACCCACGGAGCAGCCAGGAGUGUGUCUCAUGUUUUCAUCUCAUCUGAAGACUCCCGCCUCGGUGUGUGUCGCCAGCCGGGAGCAAUAGUGUGUGUAUUCUCUGAAUACACUGCAGCCGUCACACUCACACCGCGGAGUGUGUGAGGAGUGUGUGCUGAAGCUUGCUGUUUAUUUCUGUGAGCACUGAAACAUGAUUUUCUGUUUGAAUCGCGUGGAUGUUGUUGUCCUGAAACGAAAACACCCACAAUGCAAUGCCUUUCACUCUUAUAGAGCUGAUCUUCACAUGAUUCCGGUGUGAAUGAACCUUUUUUUAAAUGUUCCCUUCGCUCGGUGCUUAGCUUGUCCAAAUGAAAUGUUAAUUAUUUCUCUUUUAACCUGCUCCUCUGUCACUGUCACUGUUUACGAUGCGGUUGAAGAGAUUUCAUUGCCUACAUGUUUGUUUUUUGAGACCUACAUGUUUUUUUUGGAGACCUCCUUUCAUGAUGUGAAAAUUAAAAGCGACUCAUUCCAUGCAUGUAAGAUGUGUCGAUACUUCAGAUCCUAAUAAUAAGAAUAAAAAGCUUCCUGCAUCC